AUGAACAUCCAAGGCAGUUUCUUAGUAUGCCAGAAGAAGCCCAGCAGAUGGUUCUUUAACCUGGGGCACACAUUGCAGUUUGGCAUUGGAUUACACCAUGCCGGUCUGAAUGACAAAGAUGGAUCUCUGGUGACGUGGACGACUAUAUUUCGCAAUCCUUUUCAGGAAUGUUUUCAGAAUUUAGAGAGAAUACAAGCUAAUUUCACAAGGAGGAGAAGCCAUAGAAAAGCAUAACGCAGUGAUGACUUUGAUUGCACACUAUGCUUGAAAUUACUAUAUGAACCUGUCACAACUGCUUGUGGGCAUUCAUGCCUAUUUCAGUCAAUGGAUCGAGGUAAUAAAUGUCCUUUGUGCCCAACAGUUCUUUUCAUUACUCCUAGAACAUGUGCUUAUAAUGUGACACUUAAUGACAUUAAACAAAAGAAAUUCCCAGAGGAAUUUGCCGAAAGGAAGUUGGAGAACGAUACAAUGACAAACUUUGGUGUUGAUAUGAUGCCACUCUCUGUAAUGGAUGGUGUCCUCCCAUUUCAGAAGUUUCUGCUACCCAUUUUUGAACCUCGGUAUAGACUUAUGGUAAGUUGUAUAAUGGAAGGCAUCUGUCGGAUGGGAAUGGUUAUCAUUGAUUCUUCAACAGGUUCAAUAGCUGAUUUUGCUUGUGAAGUGGAAUUUACCAAGUGUGAACCACUUCCAGAUGGACGUUUCUAUUUAGAGAUUGAAAGUCACUGACGGUUUCGUAUAAUUCGAUCUUGGGACCAAGAUGGAUGA